AUGACUUCCUCUAUGACUGGCUCUAAUGCACUCGAUGCGACAUGCAUCAUGUGUCCUCGUAUGGGUCAUCUUCUUUGCAAAGGUUGUGGAGAUGCUCGGUACUGCUCAGGAGAGUGCCAAACGCUCGAUUGGUCAAAAGUCCACAAGACACUCUGCGCUACCUUCGCGGCCAAUUCCGACAGAAACCGUCCUUCCAAAGAUCAUCGUCGAGCGCUGUUCUUCUCUGGUGGGAGCUCACCGCCUCGCUUCCAAUGGGUCCGAGUGUAUUCCUGCGUCGACAGCCGUGGUCCCAACGAGGACUUCUUCAGUCUGAUGGAGUUCGGCACUAACGAGAAGGACUCGUGCUCUCAAGACUAUAACGAGGUUCAAGGUCGCUCUCAAGCACGCGUAAAGGGCGAGGCUUUGCACUGGUUCAAGAAGAUGAAUCCCAAGGCCGAAGAUACCUAUAAUGUUGGUCUGCGCAACUUCACCAGAAGCGGCGCAUACUGGCAAGACUUCCGAGGCCCGAUCUUCGUGCUGCGAGCUGCGACCAACGACCAACGUCAAGUACGCCAUCUCGACAUGACGAUGCGUGAUGCACGUGGUGCUGCCGACUGGCUUGGGCAAACCUACCGAGACGGGUAUGACCAGAAACACCUCAGAAAUGUCACAGUCCUCGGCACCAUCGUUGCUGCGACAGGCUCAGUUCAGACAGGCGCCAAGAAGUGGCAAGACGUGGUUCUGAACGGCUGCGAUGGAAUCUGGAACAAUUCGGGCUCUGGCAUUGCGAACCUUUUGGGCAUUCCCAUCUUGGGCAGGGUCGACGCCUUGUGCUUCUCGGACGAGGCAAAUGCCAAGAUGCGCAACGAUACAGCCGCCCUUCUCUUCCGUGAUGUGGUGUCAGAUUGCGUUUUGCCGCAGGCUCAAUCCCCGCCCCCUUUCGCGGUAUACAAGCGUCCAGACAUCGACCGCGAGGGCAUAGUCGUAGACGGACCUACGAUUCGCCAGCUCACUGUUGGUGCAACGGGUUUCGGCUCGUCGCUGCUCAAAUACAGCACCAAUACCACAGGUGAUGCUUACCUAGUCCGCGCUGACGGUAAGCCAUUCCCAUCGCAGCACGCCGAAGCACUCUGCGGAUUCAUCAAGGACAAGGUCGAGCCCAAGCUACAAGCCGCCAUCUCGGAUGCGAAGGAAGGCAUGGCUGUUGCAGAACGGGAGAGCAUACUGAAGUACAUCUGUCGGGCCAAUUUUGAGGAGUACUAUGGCGAACUUCGCGAGGCAAAAAUCAAAGACGGCGAUGUCUCCUGGUCUGCUAUUCCCAACCCCUACGAAAUCAAGAGUAGCGACAUGAGAGCCAGAGUUGGAGAGGUCUGGGCUGAGCAGAAAGCAAAGGGCUUUGAACAGAGUAGUGAGAAAAUGGCGAGACAAGAGCGCGGCAUGUUCACCCAGGCUGAUUUCAAGGAGGCUUUCAAGAGCCUUGGAGGCACCCUAUAA